UUUGGCCACACUCACAUGCGCUCUUAGAAACCAUUCAUAAUCGGAUAGGUCAACGAGAAGUUGACGCUCAGAAUAGUUCAACAGCUCGUUCGGUGCGGUACGGGUCGGUUUUCGUUGAAGAUGGCCCAUCUGACUGCAGUGUUGCUGCUGCUUUCGUUUGUAGCUAAUGCGCUGGGUGCAGGAAUUCUGGUGGGCAAACAGGAUGCGCUCUAUCCUCUGACGUUGAUCCACUGGAACGAUUUUCACGCAAGGUUUGAGGAAACGAACGUUCUUUCAACGAAGUGUGAUGUGGAGGCUGGGGAAAAGUGCAUCGGCGGUUAUGCCAGAGUGGUUUCCGCGGUGAAGAGCUUGAGCGAGCAGUACAAGGAACAAAAUCCGGUGUAUUUGAAUGCCGGCGAUAAUUUUCAAGGGACGUUUUGGUACACCUUGUUGAGGUGGAAUGUGACGAGCUAUUUCCUGAACUUAUUGCCGGCGGAUGCGGUGACGCUGGGAAAUCAUGAGUUCGACCAUGGGAUCGCUGGUGUGGUGCCGUUCUUGGAAUCACUGAAGUCUCCGAUCGUGGUGGCGAACAUUGACGACAGUGAGGAACCGACAAUGCAAGGAAAAUAUCAAAAAUCGGUGGUGAUCGAGCGUGGUGGUAAAAAGAUUGGCAUUAUUGGAGUGAUACAUCAUUCGACAAAUACGUUGAGUAUGACGGAGCGUUUAAAAUUUCUCGAUGAAAUUGAAACGAUAAAUGCUGAAGCAGAGGAGCUGAAAGCGAAAGGCGUGAAUAUUAUUGUAGUUUUGUCGCAUUGUGGAUUCACUAUUGAUAAGCAGAUUGCUGCAAAGUGUAGUGAUGUGGACAUUGUCGUAGGCGGUCAUUCGCAUACGUUCCUGUAUAAUGGAUCGACCGAGGGGUUCCCGGAUUCUGCGGAAGAUGUUUAUCCAGUGGUUGUGGAGCAGACUAGUGGCCGGAAUGUGUUGGUGGUACAAGCAUCUUGUUUCACGAAAUUCAUUGGUAGGCUAACAGCAUAUUUUGACGAGGAUGGCAAUUUGAUACAUUGGGAAGGAAAUCCGAUUUAUUUGGAUGAAUCUGUUCCUUUGGAUCCACUAAUAGUACAAGAGAUGGAUCCUUGGAGACAACAGGUUGAUGUCUUGGCCUACAGGGUAGUAGGUGCAUCACAGGUGCUACUAUCAAAGGAUCAGUGUCGAACUGGUGAAUGUAAUUUGGGAAGCUUUGUAGCCGAUGCUUUUGUGGAUUACUACACCCAACGACCGGAAAGUCCAAACGAGUGGACCUAUGCAUCAAUUGGGAUUACGAACGACGGAGGAAUGCGAACUUCAUUGAAAAAGGGCACUUUGACGUACGAUGAUGUCGUGACAUGUGUUCCAUAUGAAAACACAAUCGAUACAUUUGAUAUUCGCGGACAGUACUUGCUAGAUGCAUUAGAAUACAGUGCGAGUCGAUUCAACUCAGCGGACGUCCUGCAGGUUUCGGGGAUUCGAGUCACAUACAAUGUCACAAAACCUUCCGGCAAUCGUGUAGUAUCCGCGGAUAUUCGUUGCCGCGAGUGCAAAGUGCCGCGUUAUGAACCCCUGGAUCUGAACAAAUACUACCGCGUUGCCAUUGCUGCUUGGAUUGGUAACGGUGGCAACGGGUACACGAUGUUCGGCGAGCAUCGCACCAAUCCGAGAGUUGGACCCCUCGACAUCGUUGUCCUGGAGCAGUACGUAGCCAAGAUGACCCCAAUAAUGAAGGGAACGGACGGUCGGAUCCGUGUCAUAACAUAAAAUUUAAAACUUAUUGCCUGAGCCUUCUGUGUAAUGUAUAUUUCUUAGGUGUUAGUUCUCAACCUGAAUAAAGUGUGCAGUAAAACAAAUGA